AUGACCUCCAGCAGCCUGGCCGUCUGCCUGAAGCCAAACUUGCUGAGCCUGCUCAAGGAGGACCUGCUCAAGGUCAUGCUAGUGGUGACUGAGAAGGGUGCUGGCAGAGCCUGGCCUGCUCUGGCUUAUGCCUGGACUCCUGUUGAACAUGGCCCCCCCGAAGAUGCCAGCAGCUGGGCAGGAAUAACUCUUGGACAGCUGGUUAGAAACAACCCCUAUCACUUUGCAGCAUCCCCUUCACGUUCUCCACGGGGGACAUUGCCAGCAGCUGAGCCAGGGGGUGCAGGAACAGAGCUCGUGGGUGGUCUCCUGCCUAGGGUGUGGGCAGAACUUUUCCGAAGAGACGAGCAUCUCCUUGAUCCUGUGGUGCCCUGGCUGCGGCAGGAGCUGGAGGAAAUAUAUGGGACCAGGUGGUGGAUGGCGAGGAUUGCAGAGAGCAUCAUCCUGCAUGCUGUGUCCAUCUGUGGUCCAGUUGCGAAUAUCUUGGUCCAGGUGCUGCGGGACUUCCUCGAGGAACAUACAGAACCUCUGAUUCAUGGCACCAUCAGCAUCAUUGUUGACCAGUGCAGUGAGGAGGCUCACAGGCUGCUGCACUCCCCUGCUGUCCCAGAGGAGGACAGCAGCUCUGUGGCCACCGUCAGCAGCACCCAGCGCGGUACUCCCGCCCCCCAUUCAACCCCUGCCAGAAGCUCUACAAGCUCCAGCAUAACGCAAGCUGCUCUCGGCAGCCCCCACCCGUCUGCUCCCGUCCCUACAGACCAGGAAGAGCUGCUGGAGGCGGCGAGGGCAGAGGAGGAGGAGUUGGGGGAGGGAGAGGAGCUGUGGGAGCAGGAGGAGCUCGGGGAAGAGGCGGGGGAACCUGGCAGAGUGGAGGAAAAUAACUUUGAGGGCAUCCCCGGCAUCCAUCAGGGGGGUAUUCCCGCCCUCCACCCAGCCCCUGGCAACAGCCCUGUAGGCUCCAACGUAGAGGACCGACUCAGCACAUCGGAACCUGUGCUCCACAGCCCCCACCCCCCUGUUCCCGUUCCUGCAGAGCAGGAGGAGUUGGAGCAGGCAGCAGCGGCAGGUCCCUCUGCCCAAGGCGGCAGCCACAGCCCCUCCACUCCCAGCCGGGGCCGGGACGGGGACCCUUUCCGCAGGAGGCCUCGGCGUGCCCCAAGGAGGAGAGCUGCCAGUUUCUCGGACUCUCCCCAGCCCUCCGAGAGGCCACCCCAUCCGCAGCACUAGCAGGGCUUCAUUCAAG